CUUCGCAACAUUCCCUCGUCAACCUGCCCCGUUCCUAACUCCCAUUCUCCAGACCUCCGCUCGCCCUCAUGGAAGACCCUUCCGCUCCGUCUUUGGUCCAGAUCCCAAGCACAGGCGUAGAGUUCUUCGAGUACCGCCGCCGGUUGUUCAUGGCUGGCCUCCCUUUCCCAGAGACACCAACUACACAACCCUUGCCUGCUACUUAUCUUGUCCCGGAACAGCCCCCCCCUCCAUUGCCAAGACCACCAAGACAGCCAAAACACCCGUCUGUAACCAGAAUAGAAGAGGCACUCAGUCAAGAAGGCGCUGAAGCAUCAAGAGAUCUUUGGGAAGGAGGGAUGAAGGAGCUGGCUAAGAAUCUGCACGAUGGUAGGAAAUUUACUAAGGGAAUGAGGUUGGGGCUAGUAAUUAAAAUAUUAAUUGCAAGCUGGAUCAAUGAUGGCUUUUGGCCUGUAGACCCUCUGACGGGCUUGCCAGAAAAACCUCCAGCCUCACCUCUUAUUGAGGGGGUCGACUUAUUCCCAGAAGAUACCCUGGAAAGUACACAACAAUCGAACAAAAGUUGACCAGCCGGACAUACCUAACCAAAUUUAAAUCAACAUGAUCCGUUGCAUUCAUCAAUCUAUCAAAAAUGGAUUUGUCCUGGGAUGCAGCCUAGCGGGUACUUUUGCAUCACCUAUUGAACGAUGUCCUCUCUUGGACAAGUGCGGCCAAGCUGAGUAGAUACUGCUCAGCUAUGCUUGAAAAGUAGAACUCGUGAGAAGCGUUGUGAGCCGAUUCUGUGAUUGCAAGUCAAUCCACGCAGAGUCUUGCUUCAUCUUUGACUUACCAAGAUUGUGAGCAAGCUCUACACGAACAAAUGUGCAAUGUCAGCGAGGCUAUACAUUGUUUAGUGUUGCAAUACGGCUUACCGUGCGCAAUGCUGAAGUACCAUGAAAUCCAGGGUUCCUUGUGCUGACCCCUGAUACACAUGUCAUUGUCUGUCGCAAAGAGGCGUCAACAUGGCCCAUUCACCAUUACCCGUCAUACUUACGCCAUGCCC